AGCCAAUUCGCUCGAGUAAGACAGCUAAAGCAAGUACCACCUGAUGGCGGCUUCCGUGGUGCCUCCCACUGUGGCCGUAAUUAUUCCCGCGAUGAAUGAGGAGAAGAGCUUGCCCACAACCUUGCAGAGCGUGUUGGCCCAGAAACCCUCCCCGCAAGAGAUUGUGGUUGUGGACCCUGGUUCGACAGAUCGAACCUCCGAAGUGGCUUCUGAGUGUGGCGCUCAAGUCUUGACAUCGCCCCGUGGACGCGCUGUGCAGAUGAAUGCAGGUGCACGGAACACAAAGGCACUGAGAAUGGGGAAAGUGCCACCGAAGGGAACCACUUUCCAUUGGCCAAUUAAAUGCCAGCAAAAUACAAUCUAAGAAUUUACGCAAGGACGCUACUAGGGGCUCCUGGCCUUACUACUGUGCACUCGGAAGGCUGACGUGCUGCUCUUCCUGCACGCUGACACCGGCCUGCCCGAGGGAGCUGUAGCAGCCAUACAAGUGGCACUUUGCAAUCCAAGGGUCUUGGGGGGAUGCUUCGAGCUGCGCUUCCAUGAAGAAGAGGAGAGUUGGACCCUUCAGCUUUGGAGCUGCUGUUCUGGCACGGUAUGUUGUUGCUGUAUAUAUUUCUCUAAUCUAUCCGCAAGGUGCUUCUGGAAAACAAAUAGGUGUUCUUUGUGUUUUUGUCGCUUUUGUCCUUUUGAGCUUGCAUUGUUUUCCGCCUGGCAGGGCCACCCCGGCAUUCUCGCCGCCCUUCUCUGAACUUGAUAGGAUGCAAUGCUUGCGCUUCCGAACCAAAGAGAAAAACCAAAGGUAAGGUAUGGCGAACAAGGGUGGCUUACGUUUUGAUUGGUUUGUAUCGGGGAUGUUGGUGUGUGCCAACACAUUCACACCUAUAUGUGGACCAAAUUCCUUUUGCAAGAACAGAUUUGUUUUUUGUUGCAAUGCUUCUUCUCCUGGCUCUUUUACUUUCGAUUUUUUUAUGGCUACCAGCUAUUGUCCAUGUCCUCAACUACUCUUUGUGCUUCCCUGCCUUUUUGAACUGUGCUAUGUAUACUGUAUACUUUGCGCCAAUUCUAUUACAGUAAUUAUUAAUUACCUGACCUGUAGCUGACAGUAAACAAUUAUCACUCGUUUUGAACAAGACCUUCACUAACCAUCAUCAUCAACUGUUACAGGUAAUGGGAUAGACUCAUAGACCCAAUGUAUACGUUUGAUUCUAUUCCGGUGCGUGUUUGAUUGUUAUUCUUCUCCUUUGACCUGUCAUGUGCGUCCUUUUGCAGCAACUUCUGGCACAGGUUGAUGUACCUUGAGCGUGUUUUGCUCUUCCUCCCGGGUUGUUUAUCCUCCCUUUGUUCUUGGUGCUGCGCAAAGAAGACCAGGAACAAAAACCAAAAGGGUCAGUCAUGCACCAUUGGCCUUUGUGAUGUACAGCCAAGGCUGGUGCACACGAGUGCAAUGUUGCAGGACAAAGCGCCUGGUUUUUGGUGAUCGAGGGAUUUUCGUUCGGCGCAGUAGCUUCGAAGAAUUGGGUGGCUACAGGAGAGGAACGUGUCCAUCAAACAGCUUGUAUUUCUCAAGAUUAUCAACCGUGUGUUUUCUCCACCCCUUUUUUGCACACUGACCCGUGGUGAUAUAGAACAAGAACGCUAGUAGAAACAAGUGCCUUGCUAAUAAAAAAAUAAACACAAAAAUACAAUAUUAGUGACUAUAUAGCGGCACAUAGUGGCACUGAAGCGACCAACCCUGCCAGUGAAUGGCCUAUUCUGGAGGAUGUAGAUUUCGUCCUCGUCUGAGUUGUUCUGUCAAACUCAGUUGAUUUGAAUGUUCCGAGCAUUCUGGAAGCACUUCUGUGGUUUCUUCUUGUUUUUUUGAGACCUUCAUCGAGGUCAUGCGACUUGCACGACUCGGAUCCCAAUCAUUUGAGUUUUUGCCUUUGGCGGUGACGACCUCUGCACGACGGAUGUUGGAAAAGGGGCCUUUGAGGCAACAACUCUUGAACAGCUGCAUCAUCAUCGCAUGGUACUUGGGGGCCAGCCCCGAACAGCUUCGCGAUUGGUACCGAUAUCAGAUAGCACCCUAAUGAGAUGACUCCAAGGAUGCAGAAAAGUCGGAUGAACCAAAAGCAAAAAGAGAAUCCGGUUCAGUUCGUGAACUCUGCUGCUCGAUGUGGUCGUGUUACACCUACGGCCUGGAGGCCUCCAAGAGUGUGAGGACAGCAGAUUCGACGACGAAGAAGACCGCUUGUCUCACAGAGCGUUGCAAGCCUUGCAAGAAAAGUGCGACCCGUGACCUUGGCUGCUUUGAAUCAUUGGAAUCACUGGUGCACUUCGGAGCCAAACCCAG